AUGUCUUCCAACUCUACCCACCAGUUUCCUUCGCCGAUUGGUGGAAUCCCUAUCCCUAUCGAUUUCGCCCCUUCUGUCCUCUUCUCCGCCCUCUUUGCCUGCCUUUCUGUGAUCCUGGUCUGGCGCAUGGCCCAUCCACGAUCCCGUACGUUCGUCCUGCAAGGCACACUCAUCUUCACUAUCGAGCGCGUCGUCGCCUACGCCCUGCGCGCAAGCACAGCCCACAGCGAUACCCUCCGCGGGAACGUCAAUCUCCAAGUCUACUUGCAAACCACCCUCGCCGGCGGCUUCAUUUCCAUCGGCCAGGACCUCCUCAACCUCGUCCGCUCCCUCCUCGUCGGCUCGACCAUGGGCUCCGACAUGAUUCGCCUCCAUUCCACCCUCACGCCGGCGCAUGCGGCGACCAAGACCUCUGACCUCGACCUCGAAAACACGUCGUUGCGCGACAACUCCGGUCCUUCCAGCUCGUCCCACGAGGUGUACGAAGACCACCCACGGAUGCGAAUGUGGCUGCGCCGCGCGUGCGGGCAAGCGUCGAUCAUAUUUUUGGUCGCGGUCAUCCUGGGAAUCAUCGCGGGUGUGGACUACAAGGGUGCAAUAGACUCGGGCGCGCACGCGAUGCUGGUGCGGGCGAUGAUGCAAGUCUCUCUCUCGUCUAUCUGCAUCAGCAGAUUCUUACGAAGCAUUUACAGGUACGGGAGCGCGGGGAUCGGGCUGGGGUUGUUCUUCUUGCUCGCCGGGGUGUCGGUUUGGGCCCUGUUCUACGUCCCGCGUGUGCCCAAGAUGCCGGUCGUCUUGAUUCUCAUCGCCACCUUCCUCCUGUCCGUCGUGACGGUGUACCGCCUCGACGUGCUCCGCUUCUCGACCACUUCCCUCUCCUCAACCGCCCCCGGCUCGCUCAACACCGACGGAUCCAAGGCUGCAUUCUACAUCUUUCACGCGGCGCCCGAGUUCCUCGCCGCCGCGAUCCUCGUCUGCUCCAACGCGCGGCGCACGUUCGGCACCGGCCUCUGGGGCGACCGCAAGUUCAAGGACCCGAGCCCCAAGGCCUCGGUCCCGUCCAAGGGCACAAGCCGCCGGUGUGGACUCGUGGGGACGUUGUUUGCGCUCCGAAAAUGA